AUGGAUGUGCCGGUCAAGGUUAAUGCUCUGAGCGGGACGACGUCAGGCAGAUACAAGGCUCCGGGAUGGCAUAAUCCCACCGCUGCUACUGCUGCUGUUUUUGGCUCUUCACUGGAGGUGAUACUUUUCGAAUAUAAUCAUGUCCGGACCCUUUAUAACACGGCAGCCUUCAUGAGGGACAUUUAUCCCCACAGUUGUGGUGCUUGCCAUGCUCUUUGA